CAAAUUAUUUGUAAUUAUGUCCCGACCAUUCGCUCAAGAAAAAAAUCUGAAUUUAGUUGAUUAUCCCUGAUGUACACACAUGAAACAAGUAUUUAGCUAUGUCCAUAAAGCAAUCAAGAUUAAACCUGAACAUAUGCAAUUUACAAACAACGAAGGUCAGAUACUCCUAGUCUGGGUACCAGUCUCUGUAACAUUCUAUUGUUUGUAUUCCAUGUCUGCCAAACAUGACAUGGGGUGGAAUUAAAUAGCUAACUAUUUACGCCUGCUACGUUACGUUAGCUGAACAGAGACUGGCAACCAGGCUAGUUAUUUUGAGCCUGCUGCUCUCGAGUGGAGGGUGUUUCUGUGACUCCAUCCAAUCACGUUUGCAGACAUGACGGAGCAGUUGGUCCCACUGGAAAUCCCUCGACACUAGCAACACUUUUGUUAGCUGAUGCUAGCCUACCAGAAAAAGAGGAUAUACUCCGAAGACUGGCUGCCAACGUGUAUAUCUCAAAGGGUCAAACAACACGGGAAAAUGUAUUCGAACGAGCAAAGUAUCAUGCAUAAAUAAUAUUCACUUUUCUUUGUUUUAACUCGCGAUCUAUGAGAACAGCUAGCAAAUAGGUCCAGAAUAACAGCUAGCUAAGAUAUGGCUACCACUAGGGAGCUAAGACAAUACCGACGUUCCACGGUGAGUGUCAAGCAGGAGCAGGACGAUGACUCGGACACGGAGGAGUCUCAUUUGGGGAUUAAGAAAUCGGAUGGACGAGAGUCACAGAUAAUCCACAGUGGUCAUUUCAUGGUGUCCUCGCCGCACAUUGAACACCCACCAAAAAAAGGCUACGACUUUGACACAGUCAACAAACAAACCUGUCGGACGUAUCACUUCGGGAAGACCAGCACAUCACAUCUCUCCAUUGACGCGUCCUUAACAAAACUUUUCGAAUGCAUGACCCUUGCAUACAGCGGCAAGUUAGUGUCACCAAAAUGGAAGAACUUCAAAGGCCUAAAGCUGCUGUGGAGAGACAAGAUUCGGCUCAACAACGCUAUCUGGAGGGCCUGGUACAUGCAAUAUGUGGAGAAGCGAGACAACCCUGUCUGCCAUUUUGUCACUCCUCUGGAUGGGACCAUGGACAUAGAAGACCAUCGUCCGGCAGAGGCAAUAGCCACAGAAGGGAAAUAUUGGAAAAGAAGAAUUGAAAUUGUAAUUCGAGAGUAUCACAAGUGGAGGACAUAUUUCAAGAAAAGGUUACAGAAGCACAAGGAUGACGAUCUCUCAAGCCUUCUCAAGGGGCCAGAGGAGCAGUUUUUGCUGUUUGGGGAGAUCUUUCCAGACACAUUCCGUGUGUCCCUUUGUCAGGAUGAGGAAAUGGCCGUGCGCCGAGUUGCUCGCAAAAGCCGUGAGUCUCCUGUCCCCAUGGAGAUGGACCCACUCUUUGACAUGGACGUGCUGAUGUCAGAGUUUUCUGACACACUCUUCUCCACGCUGGCCUCCCACCAGCCCAUGGCCUGGCCCAAUCCGAGGGAGAUAGCUCAUGCAGGGAACGCAGACAUGAUCCAGCCUGGACUCAUCCCCCUACAGCCCAACCUGGACUUUAUGGACUCCUUUGAGCCAUUGCAAGACUUAUUUCACAGCCUCCGUCAGCCCAUCUUCCCCUCUGCUUCCCUCACUGCCUCAUCUGUCACUCCUCUACCCAGCAGCAGCUCUCAAUCCCAGGGCCAGCUUCUCUCUUCCAUGCACCUCUCAGCUGACCUACCGUCCAUCAGUCAUGACCACAGACUCGUCUCCGCAGCCCCCCUGCCUAUCUCCUCCCUCAUGGCCAAUCAAACCAGUGGGACCGGUGAAGGUUCCUCCUAUGUACAGAACUACAUGCCUCUGUUCACUGCGCCAGUGCCACCUAGUGGUCAGGCUGGAGGCUCCUCCCUCAUGCAACCCUCAGCCCCUCCCACACUGCCACACACCCAGCCCUGCCAAGGUGCUGUCACAGCAACAUCAGUAGCCCCCCCACCCCUGGACGAUGCCACAAGCCUGGACGGUUCCCCACCCCCAUCUGUCAUCACACACACUGCCUCCUCCAUUGUUACACCCAGUGAGGCUGCCACCACCUUCAGUCAGGGCUCUGAGCUCAGCUCCUUAACCCGGGCUCCUCCACCACCACCACCCCCCCUCCAGCCCCUGGCACCCUCACCUGCCAUCCCCCUCCAACACCCCCAGACUUUCGCCCUGCCCAGACCCAUCCAGCCUUCUUGCUCCAGCAAAAAGACAUGCCAUGUGCAAAGGAUAGUUCCUGCCAACCCCAUCCCCUCAUCUCACCUCAUCCUAACAACCCCCUUCCCAGGGCAUACCAGUGCAGUGAUUGUUACUCCAACUCCCCUGAAAGCAGACGUGGUUCCCUCAACUGGCGUGGUCAUCGCCUCCUCAAGCCUAUCAAGGGCUCCUGGAUUUCAUAUCCUUCCACAGACUCCGAAGUCUCCCCAGCUCAUUAUCAAUAAAGAGGACUGUACUGGGCAUGAGGAGCGUGGCUCAGGUCAGGGGUCACCGUGUGGGUCAGAGCAGGUCUCCAGUCCUAAGUCUCCCCUCAGCAGCAGCAGCACAGCCCUCUCUAAGAACGAGUCCAACCAGAGCCGUAGGGUGACCCACAUCACUGCUGAACAGAAGAGGCGCUUUAACAUCAACAUUGGCUUCAAAACACUGAGCAGCCUGGUUCCCACUCUCAAGUCCCAGUCCAAUAUCAGUAAUGCUGGCACGCUGCAGAAGACCGUUGAUUACAUUGCGAAGCUGCAGCAGGAGAGGCAGCAAAUGCAGGAAGAGACCAAGAGGCUACGGGAGGAGAUUGAGGAGAUCAAUGCCUCCAUAAAUGUGUGUCAGGAGCAGCUGCCUGCUACGGGAGUGCCUAUCACACGCCACCGCUUCGACCACAUGCGGGAGAAGUUUGAUGAGUAUGUGAAGAGCCGCACCCUUCAGAACUGGAAGUUUUGGAUUUUCAGCAUCAUCAUUAAGCCCCUGUUUGAGUCCUUCAAUGGGACGGUCUCCACCACAAGCAAAGGGGAGCUGUGCGAGACCACACUGCAAUGGCUGGACUGUCACUGCUCCCUGCCUGUGCUGAGGCCCAUGGUCCUUAGCACUCUCCGGCAGCUCAGCACGAGCACAUCUGUCCUUACUGACCCUAACCUGCUGCCUGAGGAAGCUACCCAGGCUGUCACCAACACCCACAGGCACUCUGCAGACUCCUAGCCGCACCCUCAGCGGAGAGGAAGCGGAAGAAGGGUUCAGAUAGAGGGCAUGGUCAUAGUACCCUCUAGUAGAGCCCUCCACUGAGGGCCCCUACCACAAACUCCUCUAACCUCCCCAGAUUGAAAAACACCUUGAAACAAUAAUAUGGAAAAGCACCAGCACUAGUUCGCCUUAAAGGUAAUCCAAAGAGGUUACUCUGUCUUCCACCCUAUCCAUUACCAUUCAAAACAGGACAUGAUGUUUAGGGUCUUUUUAUACGUGACCUUAUCCAGCUCACUGACCUAUCAUUCCUACACAUCGACUGGGCUUUGCUGUCAACAACCCAGGCUCGGUGCAUUACUUUGGAGGAUUGAUACACACAACCCGUAGAACAACUUUACAGCAUCUUUUGAACACAGCAUUAAUGUGGGUGCUUAUAUUUGUUCUAUUUCACACAUGUACAAGUGUGUAUUAUACGCAUGUGUGAAUUGUAAUUGUGUUUUUUGCAUAUCCCAACUCCCCCUGGGACACCCUCAGAGAGUGGGGUCAUGGCCAUGUUCAGCCAUUGUAAAAGGCAACCCUGGAGCAAUUCGGAUUACGUGCUUUGCUCAGAUUUUUUUCACCUUGUUGGCUCAGGAACUCGAUCUAGCGACCUUUCAGUUACUGGCCCAGAGCUUGAACCGCUCGGCGACCUGCUGCCCUUGUUGCUCUUUGAUAAUGUAACCUUCAACACUGCUGACGGGGGAACUCCCAGCUUGUUUUCAGGCUCACUUCAGCAGGCAAAUAACAUGGCGCUUCAACCAUUUAGCAUACUUGCUCAUUUUUGUUUUUUGUUUUUGUUUUUAUUCAGCUCUUAAAUUAUUUAAGGUAUAAGAUGGCCUAUGAACUGUCUUAAAAGGGAAAUAUCUCUUGAAGGAGUUGAGUGAUUCAGUUGGUUCUGUUGUUUACUCUGUUGUAUGACGAUGAGUGUGGAUACACUGAGCUUGCCAUCAAAAAGCCUAUAAAACAAACCAAAAGCUUAGCAUUGAUUGGCAGUAUGCUUUGAGUACCAUGAAAGCCUUGAACAGUAACUAUUUGCUACUGGUCUUUCAUUCUCAUCAUUCAGCUCAUAUGUAUCUGGUGGGGUCUCAAACUCUUGCACAGUUUUCUUCUGUCCAUGCAGCGGGAGGGA